UUAUUGUUUGGGGGUAUUCGCAGGUUUAAUAUUUCAAAACUAGGAAGAGAGAUGGCGGAAGAAGAGAACGGGGCGGCGACCGGCGGCGGCGGCGGCGGCGGCGGAGAGUUUUACCUGCGGUAUUACGUAGGGCACAAGGGGAAGUUCGGUCACGAGUUUUUGGAGUUUGAGUUCCGACCAGACGGUAAACUUCGUUACGCUAAUAACUCAAACUACAAGAACGAUACGAUGAUCCGUAAAGAGGUCUUCCUUACUCCUUCUGUUCUCAAGGAAUGUCGCCGUAUUGUCUCCGAUUCUGAGAUUAUGAAGGAAGACGAUAACAGCUGGCCAGAGCCAGACCGUGUUGGACGGCAAGAGCUUGAGAUUGUGAUGGGCAAUGAGCACAUAUCUUUCACUACUUCAAAGAUUGGUUCACUCAUGGACGUGCAGACCAGUAAAGACCCUGAAGGCCUCCGUAUCUUCUAUUAUCUUGUUCAGGACUUGAAGUGCUUCGUGUUCUCGCUAAUAUCACUCCAUUUCAAGAUCAAGCCAAUUUAAGGAACUCCUCUUGGUACGGUCAUAUCUUUCGAGGAUUGCACAAGUUGAUGUUUUAUGUGAUUUAAGUUAUCAUUCCGAACCAAGAAAACCGUAUAAUGGGCUUGUACCGUUUUCUUAAAUAUACUGUAUAAGGCGAUUAUAAUCAAGUGUUUUAAUACGGUUUCAAAGCUUC